AUGGCGGCGGCGGCGCCGGGGCGGCCACUGGCGGCGGACUUCGAGGCGCUGAGCUACAUCAGCAGCCUGGUGGAGGCGUUCCAGGCGUUCGACUCCGACAGCGACGGGCUGGUGACGGCGCCGGAGCUGCGGGGCCUGCUGGCGUCGCUGGGCCUGGACAAGACCGAGGCCGAGGCGCGCGACAUGCUGGCGCGCGCCGACGCCGACCGCGACGGCCGGCUCAGCGUCGAGGAGCUCCUGGACGUGAUGAACGCCGGGGAGCUCGGGCUGGGCGCGCUCGGGGCGAUGCUGCAGUCGGCGCUGCCCCAGCUCGAGGCCGCCGGGGCCGCGCUCGUCGGCGCGGACGAGCUCGCCAGGGUGCUCGGCGCCCUGGGCAACGCCAGCCCCGAGGACUGCGCGGCUAUUGUUGAGUGCCUGGACAGCGACGGCGACGGCGCCAUCACCAUCGAGGAGUUCAGGCAGAUGGCUGAUCUGCUCUAG